AUGGAAGUGAGUUCGAAUCACUUGGGAGAUGAACCACGUGAUCCAUCAAAGAAUGCAAAAAGGUCCUGCAAUAACUGCAGGCAACAGAAGUUGAAAUGUGAUGCCGUUCAGUCACCUUUCAAGGCAUGUUCUCGAUGUCGUCGACUUCAGAAGGAAUGUAAAGUGGAAGGUGGUUUCAGGCGGGUUGGGAAACGAGACAAAUAUACCGCUAUGCAGUGUGAGAUAGAUGAUCUUCGUCGUCAGUUGCAAGCCGCUACCCAAAAUAAUCCUUCGAAUGGACUUCAAGUACUUGCUGAAGCAGCUAUCCCAAAGGAAGCUCAACAAAUUGGCAACACAAAACCUCGCGAAAUGGGAGAUGUUAAGCUUUCAGGGAAGAGUGUUGAGAAGUUGUUCAAAGAAUAUUUCACUCAUUAUCAUCCUUAUCUACCUUUCCUUGACCCUGAUUUGGCUCCAGACCAGUACUUUGACUGGUCACCUCUGCUUGGAUGGACUAUCAUUGUCGUAGCAGCACGUCGUUUCCGCCAAGAACCGGGUUUAUUCGGCGAUUUGAGUCCUAGCUACAAUAAGCUUCUCUGGUCCACUAUCUCUGAACACCCUCAACCCUAUCAUGUUUCCAAAGCGCUUUGUUUGAUAUGUACUUGGCCAUUACCGUCAACUUCAAAUCCAUCAGAUGCUACUUACCCCCUGUGUGGCAUGAUGAUAAGUAUUGCGCUAUCGAAUAUUCUUGACUUUCCUGUCCACUUACAAUUCUCCAAAGGCAGAAUUACAGAGGCCGAACAACGGGAUAGAAGGUUGACUUGGGCUGCCUGUAACAUUGUCUGCCAGUGUACAUCCAGCGCUUAUGGCUUUCCUUCACAAGUGAACUUCGAUCGCCUUCUAGGAUCGAAUUUCGCAAUCUUAGCCCCGUAUCACAUUCCAAAGGAUCUGCUCGAUCAACUUCGUGUGACUCAGCUUUACAAUGCUCUUGGGAAGAGUUUGUACGAGAGUGUGUCAGACCCCAGUGGACUUCCGCUAGAGGAUGAUAGGGCUGUUAUUUACAGUCAGGUGAAGGCGUCAUAUGAAGAGGUGAAAAGCACUCUUGGCUCCAAAAUUUCAAUGAAUACCGAGAUUAUGCUCCUUGCUGCCAGCGUUCAGUUCGAGGCGUUUGCAUUCUUCAUUCCACCAUCUUCGGCCCGCGAAGCAGCCUUUGUCAAUCUUUACAACGCGGCAUGUACAUUUAUUGGAAAAGUCAUGGAUUUCGAGACCAUACACGGAAUAGUCCUUGAACAUUGUACCAAUAUUAUCUUACAGAGUAUUUUCUCCGCCGUCAUCGUACUUGUUAAGCUUCUCCACAGCUCGUUCGCCAAUUCCAUCAAUGUUGAGCAUGGAAAAGCACUUUACAACGCGGCUAUACUCGCUGUUCGGAGAAUGUCUCUGCGAAACGAUGAUGUGUGUGCUAGAAUGGCAGUGAGAACCCCGCAGAUAGCAAAAGAUAUGUCGCCGGGAGGUUAUUGGGAGUCUGCCGAUCCCUUGGACUUGAAGAUUCGGGCUAGAAUGUGUGUCAAUCACCAAUAUGAUGCCAUGUGGCAUUGGUUGACUGCAAGACGGCAAGAGAUGCAGAAUCGCGAGUCAACGAAUGCAGUUGCUCCGCAAGGUUCGUCUGCACAACCGGAAACAGAGUUGAGUCAGCCGGCAGUUCCAUUGGAUCUAACAGCGGCUCCUGGCUUGAUCGGUGAUGGGUUUGACUUGUUCAACUCGAUGGAUUGGCUAUUAGGUGACUUUGCUUGUGGUCCAUACUUUUUUACCGAUCAGAAUUCUUUGGUAUGA